UAGCGCUAGGUCAAUGGAAGAAUUCUUCCCUCGACUUAGCUACUGCUUUUCAAGGACAUGGAGAGAUUCUCCCAUCAGAGUGGUGGCUUCCGUAUAGGGUCACACUUGGGGUCUUCUGCACACCCUGAAGCCUUUUGCUAUAAGCCUCAGGUGUCGAUUCAAACGUAAGCAGUAGAGCUUUUGUGAACUGUUCGUAGUCCCCAGUAUCAACUCUGUCCAUCUGGCUGCACGCCUCUCUGGCUUUGGGACGAGUACCAGGUGAAACAGUGGGGCCGGUCUGCAGCAUCAGUCAGGUUCAAAGGGCAAGACUGCUCAAAGGCAGUGAAGUACGUGUCUAUAUCUCCCCUCCCUUCUUAAACUGGGGCAACAACUUGGUAUCGAGGUAUCCUAGAGCAGAAUCCUGCAUUUCCUCCAGCUGGAAGGGCAGUCUCCAAGCUGCUCUGCAGAUCAAGGGUAGAAGGAGCCCUGGGAGCUCAAGCAGGUAACUUUCUUGGCUAUCAGACAGCUGGAGCGGAGGCAAAUCAAACACGCCUACAGACGCCCUGACUGCUGGUCAGUUACAUGCUGGAGGGCAUUCAGGCAGGCUGUCAUUCCCAUUAUGUGCUGCCGGCCGCCUGCCCGUGCCUAAGGUGAAGCAGUCCGUGUAGCUUAUGGUAAUGGCUCAUCUAACAUAUUGCCAAGGGAACUGAUGCAGUGAGGCUCACUGCAUCCAACGGGGAGCAAAAGACUCUUCAGGCAGGCUGCCCCUGGGACUGAUGAGUGUUACAUCACUUUUGUGCUCAAUAUGUCACUGCUAAUAUCUGUUCCCACCAAAUGGGAACCUUAUGGCUACCGAAGUGCCGGGGACACUAGCCUAGAUCGGAUGCCGGUGACCGGGUGCAGUGGCACUCUUAUUCAGGUUGCUUCUGCUUUCGUACCCAACAGAGGUGCUAACCUUCAGUUGCAGUGAGUAUGCAGCACUCCGCUUCUGUUUCUUAGGCAAGCAAGCCAGAAGAGGAUCCCGAGACUGUAGGCACUGGAGCUGUGCGGCUGAUCAGGAUUUUGAUGAGAGAAGGAGAAUAGGAUGGGUUGCAUCUGGAAUGCUGGUGACUCAAAGGAUGGCAUGUACUCCGGGAGCCUGGAGUGCUUUUAACCCUCGGGGAUGGAGCGGCACGUGAAUGGAGCUACGGCCGAGAAGCCAAACCCCGUGGACUACGGGGUUCAGAUCAGAUUCAUAGACGACCUGAAGGAAAUGAAGAAGCCGCAAAAGACCAGGCCCAAGCAUUCCAAGCCAGGAUCCUACGGGGUCGCGGUGAGGGUCCAGGGUAUCGACGGGCAGCCCUUUGUGGUCCUGAACAGUGGGGCGAAAGGAGAGGACUCCUUCGGGGUGCAGAUCAAAAGUGAGAGUAAAUACGGGAACCCUGCUCACAGCCAGUGGCCCGAGCAGCUGCCCCCUAACUCCCUCAGGGAAGGCCCGGGCUCCAUCAGCUCUGAUUCUGACCUGCCGGAAAGCCGGUACAUGGCCAGUCAUUCCCAGUAUAACUCCCAGUACAGCACCUCUGACGAGGAGCUGAGCUCCCAGGGCUACCCGAGGGAGAUCAGGCCUGUCAGCGCUGAGGCAGCUAAUUCCUACAGCAGGGAUGGCUCCUCGUCCCCUCAGGGCAGCUCCAGACGGCUGCUACCCCAGAGGCCUUUUGGGGAGGAGCUGAGGAGGACUCAAUCUCACAGCUCUCUGUUAAGCCCCAAUUCAGAGGAGGCCUAUGGCCCAAGCCCUCUCAGCAUGCAGACCAGGGGCACGUACCGAUCCCAGUCUCCAGCCAGUGCCAAGAGCAGCAGCACGCUGGACAGUGCAGGCAGGAAAAGGACUGACCCCAGCCAGGAAUCCCAUGCAGCUUCUGGACGAAGGUUUGUAGGCAAGCAGCCAUCACCAGACCCAGAGUCCUCCAGGCCUCGGCAGCCAGCUGACCAAAGUGACAUUGACACGAAGCCCCUGUCCUCGGUGGAUUCCCUGAUCACAAAGUUUGACGGGAAGGUUCAGCAGAGGGGCCGAGCUGCCAGAAGAAGCCGGAUCUCCCUGGAGGAGAGGAAGCGGUCGCAGAGUCUCGAUAGCAGGGUUUCCUACCACGACACGGCCGAUUCCAGAGAGCUGAGCGCCGCCCAGCUCCAGGACCGCCUCAGGGAAGGGCCAAAGGGCUUGGCCGCCAAACAGCCUGGUACGGCCAAUGCGCCUCACACCGGCAGCCUGAACCGAGCGCUCCGGGAAGAUCUGAAGGAAAACUCAGUCAAGGCCCAGGUGCCACGAGACUGGAUCCGUAAAAGCUUGGAGGAGCCUGUCGUUGAGCAGCAGCAAAGUCAAGUGCAAUCAGAACUGCAGCAGCUUAAGUCCACUCCAGACCUUCUGAAAGACCAGCAGGAAGUCUCUCCGCCUGGGAGCAGCGAGUCUACCAAGGAGCUGAUUUACAGUAUCCUGAAGGAUGGGAGCAAAGAAAGCGAAAGCUCACUGAAGAGAAAAACCAACCUGAUGUUUGAGAAGAUCCAAGCACUUGCUGUGGUGCCUCCCGAGGACACAAGAGGAUCUGUUUCCCAGAACAGUGAGCUGAAAAGGAAGGUGGAGGAGCUGCAGCAGAAACUAGAUGAAGAGACCAAGCUCCGCCAGAAAGCAGAGCAGGCCAGGAGCAGUGCUGCUCGGAACCUGGAGAGCCGGCUGGAGGAGGCGCAGGAUGAGUGCAGGCGCCUCAAGGGGGCCUUGGAGAAGACGACCCAGGAGCUGAAAAGUUGCUUGCAAGAGCUGAAGGAAGUGAAAGUUGCCAGAGAGCAGGCAGAGGACAAACUGGGAGACGUGGAAGAGCAGCUAAUGGGGAUGCACGAGGAGCUGGACAGGCUGCGGAAAACCUCGGUGGACUCUGCAAACAGAGACGAGCUCAUGAAGGAGCUGCUGGAAACCAGAGAGGAGCUGGAGGAGGUCCUCAACGCCAAACAGAAGCAAGAAGAACAUCAGCGGCUGCGGGAGCGGGAGCUGACGGCGCUGAAAGGAGCCCUGAAGGAGGAGGUGGCGAAUCACGACAAGGAGCUGGACCGGGUGACGCAGCAGUACCAGCGCGACAUGGACCAGCUGAGGCGAAACAUGGAGGAUGUGUCUCAGGACCAAGCCAGUUUAGAGAUCGAGAGGCAGAAAAUCAACUCGAUAGUGAGGAACCUCCAGAAGGAGCUGGAGGAGAGCAGCGAGGAGACCAGCCACUGGAGGGAGAUGUUCCAGAAGAACAAGGAGGAGCUACGCAGCAACAAGCAGGAGCUCAUGCAGGUGAAACAGGAGCGGGAGGAGUUUGAGGAGGAGCUGCGGGAGCGGUUCUCGGCCAUGCGGGUGGAAGUUGACCAGGUCAGGAACAGCACCGUGGAUGCUGGCCAAGCAGAAGCCCUGAAGAAGGAGCUGCGUCAAGCCCAAGAGGAGCUGAGGGAGCUGGCUUCAGAGAAGCAGGCCCAGGACGAGCUGGUUCACCAGAGGGAGCGGGAGCUGGCCGCCCUGAAGGGGGCGCUCCAGGAAGAGGUGGCCGGCCGUGACACGGAGGUAGAACAGCUGAAGCAGCAGUUCCAGAAGAACUUGCAGCAGCUCAGGAAGGACUAUGACGAAGCUGCCAAGGUGAAGGUGGCUGUGGAGAGUGAGAAGGAGGCCACGGAGCAGAUGAGGAAGGCCAUGGAGUCCGCUCUGCGGGAGACGCAGGAGGAGAAUGAUGACUUGAGGAGGAAGAUCCUGGGCCUGGAGAUGCAGGUCAAGGAGUACAGGCACUUCUCUGAGAACUGGGAGGGCUCGGAGGCCAGGCUCAGGGAGAAGAUCGCCAAGCUGGAGGCUGAUCGCAGACAGAUGGAGCAAUCCUUGGAGGAGGCUGUGGAGCAGGAGCAGGAGCUGCUGAUGGCCAAGAGGUCUCUGGAGAGCCGCCUGCAAGAAGCCCAGAGGAGUCUCAGCCGGCUGUCUCAGGAGCACCAGGUGCUGAACACCUCGCACCAGGAGGAGAUGAAGCAGAAGGAGCAGCUGAGGAGAACCAAGAAUGAGCUGGAGGAGCAGAAGAGGCUCCUAGAUAAGACCACAGAGAAGCUGACCAGAGAGCUGGACCAGAUGGCCCAGGAAUCCCACAGCUCACUGGCCAUGCUGCAGUCGCAGCUGGAGGAGUACAAGGAGAAGUCAAGGAAGGAGAUUGCAGAUUCCCAGAAGCAGGCCAAGGACCGCAGUGCAGAGGUGGAGAAGAUGCAGUUCAUCAUGGGCCGGCUGCAGGACGAGAUCACACGGCUGAAGCAAGCACUGCAGGACAGCCAGGCCGAGCGGGAAAGCGCCGUGCUGGAUAAGGAGGUGCUGGCCCAGCGCCUGCAGAGCCUGGAGCAGGAGGUGGAGUCCAAGAAACGCUCCCAGGACGAUCGCUCUCGGCAGGUCAAAGUGCUGGAGGAGAAAUCCAAGCACCUCGAAGUGGAACUGGACGAGGAGAGGAACACUGUGGAACUGCUGACUGACCGGAUUAACCGCAGUAGAGACCAGAUUGACCAGCUGCGUGCGGAUCUGCUGCAGGAGCGCUCCAGCCGGCAGGAACUGGAGUGCGACAAGAUCUCCCUGGAGAGGCAGAACAAAGACUUGAAAAGCCGACUGGCUAGCUCGGAAGGCUUGCAGAAACCAAGUGCCAGUUUGUCUCAGCUGGAGUCAAGGAUCCAGGAACUGCAAGAUAAGCUGCAGGCAGAAGAGAGAGAAAAGAACAUCCUGGUGUCCUCGAACCGCAAACUGGAAAGGAAAGUGAAGGAGCUGACGAUCCAGAUCGACGAUGAAAGACAGCAUGUGAAUGACCAGAAGGACCAGCUGAGCCUACGCGUCAAGGCGCUUAAGCGCCAGAUGGACGAGGCCGAGGAGGAGAUCGAGCGCCUGGAAAGCGCCAGGAAGAAAGCGCAGCGGGAGCUGGAGGAGCAGCACGAACUCAACGAGCAGCUGCAGAAUCGCGUCAAGGCCCUGGAGAAGGAGGCCUGGCGCAAGGCUACCCGCUCAGCCACAGAGGCCUCCUUGGAAGAUGACCGCUUGAGCUCGGAUGAGGAAUUUGACAGCGCUUAUGGCCCGUCCUCCAUCGCCUCGCUGCUGACAGAGGGGAACCUGCAGACCAGCUCGUGCUAGCAGCUGCCUGCAUGGGUCAUUAACUGGCUCCUGGAGUGAACCCUCUUUCCCAUGGUCAGAACUGCUUCGGUAUCUUUGAGAGGCUGGCGCAGGGCAUCAUUCCACGGGGGAGCAUCCCUGACCUACUGAUGUUCCAGUCCCUUUAGGAGGAAAAACAUCCUAGAGGCCAGCGAUCCUUGGAUUGGCGUUGGCUGACACAUGCAUCCGUUCUACAAAGCAGCUAACUGGAGAGGAGCCGGCAGCAGAAGAACUGAGAACAAUGUUUAAGCAGGAAGGUUUUCUGCUUAAAUUGGGAGGGAGGGUAGGGGGGGAAUUGGGUGUUAAGCUCCCCAGAAAAUUCUAUUUAAUCAGUUUUUCUCUGUGAUUCUCAGGGCAUUGCUUUAAUUCCAGAUGUUUCAUAUCUUAACCAAAUGUUUGUGUGUAUACGGGGCGGUGGAAACAGAUGUGCAAUAAGGCAGGAUGAUGGUCUGUGGUUCAUAAACAAGAGGUGAUCCUGUCUCUUUGGCCACAGCGGGAGUUGGCUUUUCUCCGCCAGAAGGGGAAGCAUGGUAGGUUAGUCACCAACCAGAAUCUAGGAGACGGCCCGGGUGUGUGUCUGCUCUGAGAGACUCUUUACUGUCUAUAGACGCCCACGUGGAGUCCUGGGUCUAAAAUCCAGCGGCUGCUUUUUCCAGGACUUUUGCAGCUGUCGUUUCUUCAUGCCGCAUUGAAGAGAAGUUCCUGGCCAGCCCAUCAAUCUGUGUGGCCUACGUGCUGCUCUGCCCUUCUCUCUGUUCUUUGUGAGCAUGUUACUGCGCUGAAAGACGGAUCUGCCUUCAUAACGGCAGAGGAUGGGGAGCGGGAGCAUCAGCCUAGCGAAACUCUACAGGGCUAGUGCACUUGGGCAAGGGACUCUGCUGCCACUUUUUUGGUCCUUUCUAUUGACCCUGCUCUGGAGGAGGCCAAGGAUUGGGGUGUAGGACAGCAAAAGUUUGAGAUUGCCCAGAUUGACCAGGAUCCCAAGGGUUCAUGGCCAGUGUGAGAGGAACUGGGGGGUCUCGGUCCAGUCCCCAGCUGCCAGUGACAUUACACCAAUCCCCUGUGCAGCUGGCCCAUGGAGGAAGAAGUAACACCGGUUUUGGAAUAGCAGAGACUUUUAUCUGACACGAUAUCACUUUGGUGUUGAGACAGAUGAGCAUGAGAGCUUGCCCCCACCUCUGUCUGAUCCGAGCGAUCAGUCGUGAAAUGAGGCGUGAGCCCGGGGAUCCAUCCAGGGCCAGGCUGCCUGGCCGUCCUGCUGUCCACACUGUGCUGUCCUGCAUAGAGGGACAUCCAGCCUCCAGGGCUGUCUCCACUACAGAGUUAACAGGAAACACCUGGGGUCUGCCUGCUGGGGGCCCCUCCUAUCUUGCACCUCCAGCAAUUUCUCUCUUCUGUUUUUUUGGCAAUAAAUCAGCCAGGGAAAUGCAAACCCCUGCGUUUGGAAGCACGUGUGCUGCAGAUGUUGAUGGAAAAGCAAGGGCUGUACCGGCCUUGAUGGGACGAGCAGCCACAUUCUCUCACCUGAGCUCUGUGUCCCCAAACACUGCUCCCGCUUCGCUCACG